UGAAUCGGUGCUUUUAUUUUGAAGGGCGCCGUUAAAGCCGGUAGUCGUAAUGUUUUGGUCGGUGAUGGCGCUCGGAGAAACGCGGGGAUCGUUUCUACCUGAAGUAGCUGAACAACUUUUCAGAGAUAUUAAAAAAUCACACGAGGAAACGUCUCAAAUUCCUGAUGAUCUGCUUAUUGCGUUGAAGUUUGUCUUCGGGCCUUGUGCGCUGCAGGCUUUGGACCUGGUCGACCAGCGUUCAGUCACCUGUCUGUCGUCUCCCAGUGGACGCAAAGCAUUCCAGGUCAUGGGAGGAUCGGGGCGUUUGUACACCUGCUUUGUUUCCUGUCACUACUGCCCGUGCCCGGCCUUCGCCUACACCGUGCUCCGCAGGAACGAGGGCCCUCUGUGCAAGCACAUCCUGGCCGUCUACCUGUGUCAGGCCAUCGGUGUGACUCAGCAGGAGAGUGUGUCCGAUGAGCAGAUGUCCACGCUGCUCAGUGGGACAACAGCUUUGUGACACCCAGGUACGCUCAGUGGAGCGGACUAGGACAUCCUCGUCGACAUUCUUGGAGAAGAGCCGAUGCUUUUAAUGGACUCUUUUCUUUUUCUCUGAAAGACACCAGAUGUUGCUUUAUUUAUUUUUUCUUUUGGAAGAGUUCUCAGUCUGUAUCCAGGGAAACAACAUCUGCUCAAUUCAAAGUUUCAUCUUUUAUUUUUAGCCUCUUUCUGUCAGGCGACACAUCAGUCAGGGAAAAAGUAGCAAGCGCCUGCGUUACUUCAAGAAAAUUGUAAACAUGAAUGCUUGGAUGACUUUAGGAAUAAAGGACUGCCCUGUAACAAUAUAAACAUUGCCUUUAUUAACAAAAUAAUUCACCAUACAUACAGAUUGCAUCAUGUUAAAUAGCAGUAUCGCAGUUGUUGUUGUUGUUUUGUUGAAUGAAUGAGAGAAAGAAAGGUUUGACCACAGUGGAUGUUUGUCCUGAUUAGUAACAACACUACAGCACACUGACAGAUCGGUACGUCGGAAUGAAAGGCAGGAAUGUUGAAUCAGAUCAACUCGUCGUCGUCCGUCUUAAAAUCAUAAAAGAAGGCAACAGUUUGACAUCAAUCAUCAAUAGCUUGUAGAAAGGCGGACACCUACAGUACUUAUUUUUUUUUACGCGACAAAGACAAUAAUACAACGUUACAGUGCAGUUACAGUAUAGAUGUCUCCAAUGGAAUGUACUAAAGCUUUGGCACACUCCUGUAUUUUAGCCCUUGAAGUUCAGUCAGAGGUGGCACACCGGACACAACGAGGGGAAGUUGAAGCAAUGAGUGUUCAACUUAAGAACAGUUGUUUAAAAAAAA